AUGGAAAACGGAGAAUCUAAUCAAGAAAAUCCCCAAUCUCUCCAAACCAACCACGACGAUUCCUCCCCAAAGAAGCCAUCUGCUUCUUCCUCAGUCGUGGUCGAUAGGUUAAAGCGCGAUGAAUGGAGCGAAGGAGCGGUUUCGAGCCUACUCGAAGCCUACGAGACGAAAUGGGUCCUCAGGAACAGAGCCAAGCUCAAAGGUCAAGACUGGGAAGACGUGGCUAGACAUGUGUCUUCACGCGCCAGCCAAACCAAAUCCCCAAAGACUCAGACACAGUGCAAGAACAAGAUCGAGUCCAUGAAGAAACGGUACCGUUCCGAGUCCGCCACAGCCGAUGGAUCCUCCUGCUGGCCUCUUUACACUCGUCUCGAUCAUCUCCUCCGUGGAAAUGCUUCUGCCUCCGUGCAACAGCAGCCUCAGGCUGUUCUGCCUCUAAAUUGCUCUGUUCCUCUGCUCCUCCUCGAGCCGCCGCAGCCUACUCCUCCUCCUCCCGCCGCCGCUCAGAUUCCUUACGGAUCCAAAGGCGUCGGCAGGAUUCCCAAGGAAGAUGGAUUGAAGCCGGAACCGGAGAAAGCAGCGGCGGAGAUGGAGACAGACAGCAGUACGCCGGUGAUUUGCAGGGAGAAAACGAAGGUGCGGCGGCGGAAGAAAUCGAGGAGGAAGUACAGGGAAGAGAAGGAGGAGGAGGAGAUCGCCGGAAGCAUACGGUGGUUAGCGGAGGUGGUGAUGAGAACAGAGAGAGCGAGGAUGGAGACGAUGAAAGAGAUCGAGAGGAUGAGAGGUGAAGCUGAGGCUAAGAGAGGAGAGAUGGAUUUGAAACGGACGGAGAUUAUGGCCAACACUCAGCUAGAGAUCGCUAGGCUCUUUGCAGUUGCUGCAUCGUCUGGUCACAAAGGCGUUGAUUCUUCACUAAGGAUCGGAAGAAAUUGA